AGCUCGUACGAGUGUGAAGAUGGCGGUACGCUCCGCUCCACUGGAUACGAUUUUCUUGAAUACAGAGGAAAGUGUAACAGUAGUCGAUUGUCAUUUUCUGAGAUCGUUAGAGUUAAAGUUUUCGUGGUCAUCUAACAGGAAUUCCUGGCUUAGAUAAAAGUCUCCCGUUAAGCAUAAAGUUGAGGUCCGACCGGGACUAAGGGUAAGCAGGAGCUAAUGUCCAGCUGGCACUUGGUCAAGACGUUGCUAAAGCAGGUACGCUGUUGUUUUGCUUUUGUCUUGCAAAGUGUAGGCUACACGAAAGCAAGCACCAGAACGCACCGAGAGACGUUGAAUGUGUAUUAAAGUCCCCCCCACCCAUCACCUUCAUGCGUGUAGCCGAUCUAUUCCUAAACAAGUUGAAGUGCUUGUGGUCUCUUGUUUACUGGGGUGCUAUGGGUCAGUUAUGGAUGAAUCAUUCGCAAAUCUUCAAUCACGGAGCAUGACCAACUCAAGCCCCCAUGUGACUUAAAAUUCCCACCCCAAAGCCCAUUCACAAUUCACACUUUUAAUGAAAGACAAACCAUGAACGCUCAUACUUCAGGACGCGCUGCCCCCGUCACAAGUGACAGCACCAGCAAUACUAGCACGAUGACAGCGAUCACCAGUGGAUCCGUUUUGUCAAAGGGGAACGCGAUCAGAACAGCCACUUCGUCAAACAGUGUCAUCCAGACCCAUUUCACCAACUCACAGAAUGUUGCUGCCUCAACUCAGCCUGCGAGCCAGGAGAGGGGACCUAUGAUGACAGCGAUGAGGACGCCUAUGCAAGGCACGGGACCGUCGGACACAAACAUGGAUGUAACUUUGAACGGACCAAACAAUACCGCAGGACCCACUUUGGUAGCCAACGCGGCGGGUCAGAUCGCUCCGAGCGCGCAUACAAGUGUGCGCGCACAGACUCCGCUCGUGAACAAUGGUCAGCUACCUGCUGCGGCGGUGUCGCUCGGAGUGGGCUCCCACAUCAUCAGGGCUGAGCCGCCCAAACAAAUAAUUCAGACGUUACCGCAACAGGGGCUGCCGCUCGGCAGCGUCAUUGGUCCCAGGCACGUGAGUCCGGUGGCUUUAGCUCCGAGUCCAGGAGGGAUGCGAGCGCCGACGCAACAGCUGUUGGCUCCAAGGCUCCCGCAGACCCCUGCGGGACAGCCAAACCUACAGAACUUCCAACUGCCCCCUGGCAUGGUGCUGGUGCGCAGUGAGAGUGGGCAGCUGCUGAUGAUCCAUCAACAGGCCCUGGCUCAGAUGCAAGCCCAGGCCGCCGCAGCCCCUCGUCCCGCCACCCCCACAGCCAUGCCCCUUGCUCAGGCCCCUGGGAUCCCCAUGAGCAGCAGGCCUAUGGGCCCCGGUAGCAUGGUUCGACAGGCAUCCCCUGUGGCCCCAACCACUACUCUCCACAGACCCCCUGUUCUCCAGAGCUCCGGUGGACCUGUGCCACCUGGCUCAGCAACCAGCACGAGCCCUGAGACCACCGUGGCCCCGCCUACCUCAGGACCCAUCAGCAAUGAAACAAUGGAAAACGUGAAAAAAUGCAGGAACUUCCUGUCCACGCUGAUCAAGCUGGCGUCGACGGGCAAGCAGUCGGCACAGACAGCGGAAAACGUCAAAGAACUGGUCAAGGAGCUUCUGGAGGGCAAGCUGGAGGCCGAGGACUUCACCAGCAAACUGUACAGCGAACUCAACUCCUCACCACAGCCUUACCUAGUGCCUUUCCUCAAGAGAAGCCUCCCAGCUCUAAGGCAGCUCACCCCCAAUGCAGCGCUGUUCGCCCAGCAGAGCCACGUCCCCCAGCCCACCGCCUCCACCCCACCCCCUGCCAAACAGCCUUCCUCCCCGGCCACGGUGGUCCUGAGGAGCCCCGCCCCUCAUCUCACCACGGCGGUAACCAGGCCCCAGGUCCAGCCGGACAUCAGCAGACCUGGACCCGUAAACCAAAUGCUUCUCCAACCUCAGCCGCUGGCGGUAGGGAUGCGACCGCCGGUUAACAUGGCAACAGCCCCUAUGGUGACGCCCAGGACCCAGAGCCCUGGAAAGAUCCUUGUGGGACCCCAGCAGCUCAGGCAGCUGACCUCAGGUCGGUCCACCUGCCUCCUCUGCCAGAGAUGUGUCUGGUCCGUGUGUCGGUGUGAUGCAGAUACCUCUGUUUUCCCUGUAGGUCCUCCCGGAAGGACAGGCCUCCUGCCUGUGUUUAAACCUGUUCCACCUGCCGCUGCAUCUCUUGCACAGAAGAAUCAGCUGAAAGAGGCUGGGGGGACUUUCAAGGACGAAGAUGACAUCAACGACGUGGCCUCCAUGGCAGGAGUCAACCUGACGGAGGAGAGUGCACGUAUCCUAGCAACCAACUCUGAGCUGGUGGGGGCAGUGACACGCUCCUGUAAGGACGAGGCCUUCCUCUCUACAGCCGUGCUGCAGCGGAGGAUGCUGGAGAUAGGGAAGAAGUUUGGUGUGAGCGAGCUGGGCGUUGACGUGGGGACGUUUGUAUCUCACGCCACUCAGCAGCGUCUCCAGAACCUUCUGGAAAAGGUGACUCAGGUGGCACAACACAAGAACUUCAGCUUCAAGGAGGAGAGCAGCUAUGAGGGCAGCAGUGACGUGCGUGCCCAGUUACGCUUCUUUGAGCAGCUUGACCAGCUGGAGAAACAGAGAAAGGAGGGGCAGGAGAGACAGAUCCUUCUCAAGGCAGCUAAGUCUCGUGCCCGCCAGGAGGACCCUGAGCAGCUGCGCCUCAAACAGAAGGCCAAGGAGAUGCAGCAGCAGGAGCUGGCCAUGAUGCGACAGAAAGAGGCCAACCUCACCGCCCUGGCGGCCAUCGGCCCCAGGAAGCCCAGGAAGCCUGCGGACGCGUCGGCCUCCGCUGGGGCAGCCGAGGGCUCUGGAUCGGGGUCUUCGCUGGGUGCGGGGUCGUCGGGGUCCAGACCCACGCGGCAGCGCAUCACACGCAUCAACCUCAAGGACCUGCUGUUCUGCCUGGAGACAGAGAGGCCCACCGCACACUCUCAGUUCCUCUACAAGGGCUUCCUCAAGUAGGCUUUUUUCUACGGUACAAUGACCUACUGUACACAUAAACACUGUAAUGGCCGAUAGUGCACUACGUUUCAAAAUUGUUUGUAUGUAAAAAAUAUUUUAAAGAAAUUAAUCUAGAGAGAUUUUAGGGUUUUUAUUAAACACCCACUACUUUUGUUAUUAAACUUUUAAUUGGCUAAACUCCAAACUGUGUAAUCUACUGAGUUGCCUUUUAACUAAAUAAUUAAGCCAUACAGCAAUCACUAAUCUUGUCAACGGAAACAGUGGUUGUUGACACAAUGUUUGUCUGCAUCUCCACUACCUUGUUGGUGUAUUGGGUAUAUGUAGUCAACUCAAGCUUAAAUUAUUUGUAUUCAUUUAUUUAUUAUUUUGGUUCUUUCGUGACACGUCUGUUGUGUCCCUUAAAUAAAAAAUAUCUCACAGUAGCAUGUUUAUAUUUGUAUUAGGGGGCCAUGUUUUUGUAAUUUUACUACAUUAUGGUAUUUUUUGAUCUCUACUAAAUCUCUUUUCUAAUCUGCUCUACCAAAACUUAAUCUACCUGAAAUAGAACAUAUUUUUUCUAGCAAACCAUAAAUAUGCGUUCUUAUUGUCUUUAAUCAAUUUCACAAACUUCAUGAUUUAUUUCUGUGCAAAUAUUUGUUGUGCUUUUAACAGACAGCCUUUUAAUAUGUAGGCCUAAGAGUAGCCUACUAAUUAAUAAUAGUUUUUUACAAUCUGUGACUUUAGGAAAACAUAAAAUGUUAUAAUUUCAAAAUGUUGAUGCAUUAUUAGGAAAAAAAUAACUCAAUUUCUCAUGUAUUGAUAGAUUGAAAUAAAUGUUGAUUUCCAAA